GUUGAAGUAAGGACACGCCGAAGUAGUGGUAUUGCUAUAGUGUUAUGAGAGAAAUUGAAUGCUGACCGCUUAUACAUUAAUUUUUUCCGUUAAUUUCACUCAGUGAUGUGAUCUACUUGGGAUGUUUAGAAUCUAUAAAUUUUGAACUAUUAAUAUCAGUGAAGGUGACAAGAUGUCACGUCGAUAUUUGGUGGUUUUUCUGGGUUUUGUGCUGUUGGUGAUAGUGUCAGACGUAACAACAGAGGAAUGUACACAGGAGAGUAACGAUGGAAAUUGUAAUAUGACAUCUUUGAAUGGAGACAUGGAAUUUAAGAAAAAUAUUUAUAAACCAGCAGAGAUGCUCGAAGCAAUGAGUAUGUUAGCUGAGGAUUCCGAUGGGACCUUCCAGCCCACACCUGUUUCGAUUUCAGCUUCAUUCGAUCUAAGUCUCUCCAAAGCCAAUAAUAGCGGCAUGAUAGCGGAUGAACCGAAAGGAAGAGCAAUCAACUUCAGUAUGGAUGCACAUGAAAAUGAAAAUAUUCUAUUGAAUUCUUCUAAUCCCAAUGAUUUUGAUCUAAGUGAUGUUAGUAUAAACGAUGAUGAUGAUUUUGAUGAAAUGAUCCAACCAAAAAUUUUAUCCCCUAAAAAUGUUUUGGAUAAUACGUCGCCUGAUUUAUUCUGUACCAAAGGAGGUUUAACAUAUGCAAAUGGAGAUAAAAUCGAAAAUGAAUGUGAAUCAAUUUGCACUUGUACUAAUGGUACAAUGCAAUGUAAAGAUAGAUGCCAAUCGCCACUUUUUAGGAAGGGAAAGAAAAUCGAUGAUCCAUUAUGCUUCGCACAACCUACAGAGGAUAUGUGCUGUUCAAUAUUAGUGUGUGCUGGAGAUACAGCAACUGAACCAAUAGAAUCUUGUUCAUAUAAUAAUAAGACAUUCAAUAGAGGAGAUGUAUAUAAAGAAGAGUGCAGUCAAAUAUGUACCUGUGAAGCUGGUGGAAAAAUGACAUGCAAGCCAAGGUGUCCUCCAACUGCUAGAACAAGUGAUAGAUGCGUAGAAGUACCAAACCCAAGUGAUCCGUGCUGUAAAAAGGUACUUUGUGAUGUUACUUUAGAAGAAAAUGAGUCAGAGAAAGAUGACGAACGGAAUCGAAAAGUUAUAUCGGCUAGAUUUGUGAAUGCUACAACAUUAUUAGUUAAAUUGGAGCCCAAAAUCGAUGUUUCUGAAACAUCUGUAAUAGUAGACAUAAGCGAUGAUAAAAUCAAUUGGCAAAAAUUCAAAGUUAACUCUGAUGGAUUUGUUAUUGUUAGGAAUAGUGUGAAAUACUUGAAACUAGAAAAUGGAGAGAACAUAAUUAAUAUCCAAAAUUUUGAAGACAAUCCAAAGAAUGUCCAAAAAGUCAAAACUACUGAUAAAGAAUGUCAAUAUAAAGAAAAAAAAUUCAGAAUUGGAGAAGAGUACAAUGACAACUGUGACUCACUUUGUGUUUGUCAAGAAGGAGGAAUGAAAUGUCUCAAACUUCAAUGCCCUACUUAUUUUGGAGUCGAUAUUCUUGAUCCCCAAUGUAUAGAAUGGGAAACCAUUCCUCCUAAUUUCAUCGCAUCACCCCCCAACUGCUGCCCAUCUAGUAUCAAAUGCAAAAGUAAUGGCUCUUGUGAUUUUCAAGGAGAGAUCUACAAAAACUGGGAACAGUUACCGGUUAAUGUGACCGGGUGUGAGAAAAGAUGUUAUUGUGAAAUGGGAAAAAUUGAAUGCCAAAAUACAUGCCCACCAGUAACCGCUCACCCUCCACUCAACCUACCUUGUCCACCAAAUAUGGCUAAAAUUGGUCAUAUUUCUGAAGAGGAUUGCUGCAAAUCAUGGAUAUGUACUUCUAAUGAUAAUGAUUCAGGAAUAGGCGGUAUCUUCUCUAGACCAUUCAAUGGAUAUCAACAACCAGAUGAUGACAUUUUGGUACACACUUUGGAAGCACUUGAUUCACAUACAGUUCGAUUAGCCUUCAUGGUACCACCAGUAAUAGUGAAUUUACAUGGAAGGGUUGAAGUUAGAUAUACAUAUAAUAAAGGAGAUGAUGACUUGGAAUCUUGGAUGUUACAAGUGUUUGCCCCUCCUAAUGAUUUAAUAGCGACACCAUCAUUAGAGUUCGAUUUACAGGAUCUCCAACCCAAUACUGAAUAUAAAAUAAAGAUAACAAUAACCUUGAGAGAUAUCCACACCACGCACAGCAGUAGAAUUUAUAAAAUAAAGACACCAAGGGAAAUAAUAGCUACAACGUUGCCUCCUAUGAUUCCCGUAGAACCAGAUCUGGCCAUUACUGACAUCAACUCAACGUGGGUAACAGUUGUGUGGAAGAAAUUUGACGAUAACGAACUGAAAUUUAUUGAUGGAGUGCAGUUGAGAUUCAAAGAAAUCGAUGGGCAGAUUUAUGCGGCGACACCCCUUAUACAUAGAGCUGUAACAAGUUAUACGUUAGAGAAUUUGAAACCUAAUACAAAAUAUGAAAUCGGAAUCUUCUUCAUUCCGUUUCCAGGACAGCUGACUGAGCUCCAUGCUGAACAUAUGCUCCAUUUCACCACCGCCAAUGAAGUAGACACGUAUGGAUUUAACAUUACAUUAGAAAUUUCUCUUAUAAAAUCUCAAAGCGUUGAAAUAUCAUGGAGCGGUGUACCAUAUCCUGAAGAUAAAUACGUUUAUAUAUACAGAGCGAUCUAUCAAAGUGAUUCGGGUAAAGAAGAUCAAAAUAUAUUCAAAAUGGCGAAAAGAGAUUCCCCUACAAAAACAAUUAUCACAGAUUUGAAGCCUGGUACAAGGUACAGAUUAUGGCUGGAAGUGUUUUUGACUAAUGGAAAGAUAAAAACCAGCAAUGUCCAAGAUUUUAUCACCAAACCUAGAACAGCACCAUCUUUAAAAUCCGCAGCACAACAAGACAAACUUGCUAGAAUCGAUCAUAUGGAAACAAGAGGUGACUAUUAUGGUCCUCUAGUCAUUGUAGCCAUACUAGCAUCAAUUGCUAUAAUGAGUACGUUAGUGUUGCUGCUGAUUUUGAUUCGACGGCAUAACCAAAAUAAAGCAGCCAUUACGCCUCCAUCUCGAGUUACUCAAUCUGCUUAUGAUAAUCCAACUUACAAAGUAGAGAUACAACAAGAAACAAUGGGUCUGUAACCAUCAAAGAUAAAAAAGAAGCUGUAUAUAGUUCUAGUAUAUAUUCCACAUUACAUUUAUAUGUACCUAAUAAAUAUUUUCUUUUACGUUUAAGUGUAAAAAUGAUUUGCAGUAUUCUAACUUGUAAUAUAGUAUUGAUAAAUUAAAUAUUUAUUUACGUUCACA